CUGCUGUAGUUUAGGGACAAACACUAUUAUCAGUGGUGUUACAGACGCACAGAAGGCAACGCAGUCAGCUAGCCAAAGUGCCAUAUCUCUUUACCUCAUAUUUUAAACGUCAUUCACCUUCUAAACUUGUGCGAAAUGUAACUUUCCAGAUUCCCCGUGGAGAGUGGAUUUUAAGCUUCAUUUUCUUCCCAUAUAAAAGACUGUUUGCGUGAACUAGAUGUAAAUCAUCAUGGAACCAGAGGAGAGCAAAAUCUCGGUGUGGGUAUGCCGGGAGGAGAAGCUGGUGUCCGGGCUGUCCAGGCGCACCACCUGCGCGGACGUGGUGAAGGUGCUGUUGGAGGACCAGAUCUUGCAGCAAGGUGCGAGCGCGGCGAUGCUCACCGGCACCCCACAGUCGUAUUGUAUCGUGGAAAAGUGGAGAGGGUUUGAACGGACAUUGCCUAAUAAAACUAAAAUCAUGCGCCUUUGGGGCGCCUGGGGAGACGAGCAGGAGAACGUGAGGUUCGUCCUGGUGAAGAACGAGGCGUCCAUGCCCAGCAACGGACCUCGGAGCGCCGAAGCGCGGGUUGUGCUCAGCAAAGAGAGUCCCUGCGCCUACAAGGGCACCGCCAGAGCCACCAUGGCGUUUUCCCAAGACAAACAGCGCCGGAUUGUGAGAAAGGCUUUUAGAAAGUUGGACAAAAUGAAUAAGAAGAAAGAAGAGACUUUGGUGAGAGACAGAUCCUCUGUGGAGAAAAUGGAGACCUUAGUGCAUCUUAUUGUUUCACAGGAUCACACUAUUCGCCAGCAGAUACAACGGAUAAAAGAGUUGGAUGGUGAAAUCGAGAGGUAUGAAUCAAAAGUGCACUUUGACAGAAUGAAAAGACACGGUGUAAACUACGUGCAGGACACUUAUUUGUUGGACCAGGGAUCGGAUACGGAUUCCAGCGCGCAAACGGACGCGUCGGAGGCUAUCGCGCAGUUUGAGCAGUACGCGUCACGGUGCGACCAAGUUAUUCAACUUCAAGAUGAACUAGCGGAGCGGGAAGCUCUUAUGGAUAUACUUACGGGCGAAAUUCAAGAGGAACUCAACCACAGAUGGAUGAGACGGCGGCAGGAGGAGCUCUCCAACAAAGACACCGAGAGUAUUGCUGAAGAAAUGGCCCUCAAGGUGACUUCAGUCCCUGAGGAGCCAGUCUCAGUUGUACCUGACUCCCUAUCAGACAAUGAACUCCAAUUAGAGGAGGAGAGAAUCAAAACAGAACUGGAUACGAGUUUAUACAUAGGGCUGCGCUUGAACACUGAUCUGGAGACUGUGAGGAGCGACCUGGACAUGAGCCAGGAGAUUUUGGACUCGAAGGAGCUGGAGUUGAGGGAAUUACUUGAAAAGGUUCACAGAUUAGACGAAUUAGAGGGCGAACGGUCGAAGGACAGCAAAGAUGAGCAGGUUGAAACUGAAACUGAGCAGUUACCCUCUGAAGACAAGGACAAUGUUUGGGUAGAGCAGGCGAGAGGACUGUCAAAAACCUGCAGCACCAAUGAUGAUGACUCGGACACGGGACUGAGUUCAAUGCACAGCCAAGACUCGGAUAAUCCAACUGUUUGCGAGUCACUCGUAUGAUUCGUGUGGAUCAUUUGAUACUGUGCGAGUUCAGGGAACAUUUCAAUGUACUAUUCUUUCUUUAUAAGAGAGAUAUGCAUGCAGAAUAUACCAGUGUAGUGUUAUGGUUGCCUCACUCUUUAACUGCAUCGUAUAUGGGUGAUCCUCACAAAACCUGUCAAGAAAAUGUUCUGGUACUAGUACUCCAAAAUCAAAAGAAACAAAUAAGAAAUUAUAUUUUGUAUAUAGAAAUGGAAUCCUAUUUUUAUGGUCAUUACAUUUUUUUUUUACAUUGUGACAUUAUUUACACAAUAGUUAUGCUCAUUUUACCCCCCAAUUCUCAUUACCGCAAUGCUAAAAAAAAUUGUCAUAAUAAUAAUUUUAUUACCGCAAUGCGAAAAAUAUGGUCAUUAUAAUAUUCUCAUUACCACAAUGCUAAAAAAAGACAGGCAUUAUGAUAUUCUAAUUACUAAAAAGCUAAAAAAUAUGGUCAUUGUAAUAAUCUCAUUACCGCAAUGUGAAAAAAAAUUGUCAUUUGAUGUUCUCAAUACCACAAUGCAAAAAAACAAACAAAAUAUGGUCAUUAUGAUACUCAUUACCACAAUUCGUAAAAAGAUUGUAAUUAUAAUAUUCUCAUUAUCGCAAUGCUAAAAAAGAUGUCCAUUAUGAUAUUUUCAUUACCGCAAUGCGAAAAAAAGAUGGUCAUUAUAAUAUUCUCAUUACCGCAAUGCAAAAAAAGAUCAAUAUGAUAUUCUCAUUAAUGCAAUGUAAAAAAAAGAUGGCCAUUUUGAUAUUCUCAUUACCCCAAUGCGAAAAAAGAUGGUCAGUAUAAUAUUCUUAUUACUGCAAUGUAAAAAAAGGCCAUUAUAAUAUUCUCAUUACCGCAAUGCAAAAAAGACGGUCAUUAUUAUAUUCUCAUUACUGCAUUGCGAAAAGAAGACGGUCAUUAUAUUCUCAUUACCGCAAUGCUUAAAAAGAUGGUCAAUAUGAUAUUCUCAUUACCACAAUGUGAAAAUAUAUGGUAAUUAUGAUAUUCCCUUUACCACAAUGUGAAAAAAAUUAUAUUUAAAUUAUAAAGUAUUUAUACAUCAUAGUAGUCCUCCCUUGGUACUGCCUUUCAUUUCUGCUGAUUUUAGUAAAAAGUGGUAAAGCAUUACUGUAAUGAGAUUUGGGUGGUAAAAUUUGUUUAAUGUCACAAUGCUUUUUAUGUUGACAGGCUUAAUGAAUCACUUGUGCUGUAGUAAAGCCACCUCCGCUUAAAUCUCAGUGCUCUUAAAGGCACCUCCGCUUAAAAGGGCACCUUUAUAUUUGUGAACGAAAGGAGCAGGGGCUUGUGCCCCUGUAGCCCCCGUUUUGUGCACGUCAGUGGCUUGUAAGGUGCAACUUACCAAGUAGUAACUAAUUAACCAAUGCCUAGACCAAGAAAUGUCCACUGUUUGUAGAUUCAUGUUAAAAUAUGAACACUAUUUAGACAUGUAUUUGUCUAAUUAUAUAGCCUACUGUUAAAGAUCUACAGAAUUAUUUAUUGUAGAAAUAUUUAGGCAAAAAAUAGCUGCAUUGUGCAGAUUUGAGGUAAUCAGUUCAAUGUCAUGUUCACCAGCUGAGUAAUUAGAAUGAUCCACUUAUAGCUUUUGAAUGAUGCAUCGGUUUAUCCAAAAUUUUAAGCAUAAUCAAAAAGAUCCUAAGCUGUGGAAACCAAAACUAUGAGAAUCAAAAGUAGGCUCACCACCUGUAAAAAAAAAAAAAAAGGUGCGUGCAAUGCACUGUUGUGUUUAGUCAUACCUCUGAGGAAGUGAUGCGUGAAUCCCUGCAUUAAAUGUUUGCUUACAGUAAAGAGAAAGACUGAAGCAAUUUAAACGAGACUGCUGCAGUUAACCUAAAUAUACUCUAGACAUAAUGGAAUUUGCCAUUAAGUCAUUGCUGCUUAUUUUUUAUCUUAAUACCCAUUAAUUUUCUUGUCAGGAGGCACCAUUCAAGAUCAAAUGUGUUCUGUGGUUGACUAAAGUCUCUAAUCUCAUACAUAUGAAUUCUCCAUUGCAACAAAUAGGACAACAAUGGCACAAUUAUAAUGUGUAAUGCCUAAAAAAGUGACUGCACACUGAAAUGAUUUUGUGAAUGCUGUUGUAGCUAAUUCGUUGUUCUCUACAAAGGCAUUGGUGUGAUUUCAAUCAUUAUUUAUUGAAUUAACGUUACACACCAUGGAAAAAUGAGAAGUCUGUAAUCAUUUACUCACUCUCCAUUUAAACACAAAAGGAGAUGUGAGGCAGAAUGUAAGCCUCAGUGACCAUUCACUUUCAUUGUAUUUGGGUGGGGGGGUAUGCAAAGUGAAUGGUGACUGAGACAAACAUUUUGCCUAAUAUCUCCUUUCAGGUUCUACAGAUGAAAGAAAGUCAUACGAGUUUGGAAUGACACAAGGGUGAGUAAAUGAUGACAGAAUAUAAAUUUUUGGGUGAACUGUCCCUUUAAUGUCAAAAUUAAAGUCUGAACUUUGGUGCCAAUAAUACCAAAUUAACAUAAAGCACAAAGACAGACUGAAACUGCCAAAAACAUGUCAGAAACUGUGCAUUUUGAUCCAGCAUCAUCUCAUCUGUAAGCACAGCAAAAACACAAAGUGUCUGAAGUUUUGGCAUGGCAUAAAUACGACUUUUAAUACAGUGAAAUGUCACGGAGUUCACAGAUUCUGUUGUAUAUCAAGAGGAUUUGAGUUAAGCCUUAAAUGUGAUGUUUUAAAACAGAGGAAUAAAAAGGAAAUAACCACCCUCCUAAUCCAUUAUUAUGUUCAUUGUUUUUCACUUUUUCAUUUGUUGCAGCACUGGUAACAUAAGAAUUAUUGCAUUUGGAAAAGCCCAGUUAUGUUGGUGCCACACUGUGAAUACUGUAUUUGCAGAUGAAAGAGGCAAUUGUGUUAAACUGUGUUUUUAUGUUCCAUCUGUACAACCUUUAAUCAUAUACACAGCAUAAAUAUCAAAUUAAAGGCAAGAAGCACUGAAAUAA